GUUGGAAGCACGUUCGACAUCCCAUGUCUAAGUCACAUUUGAGCGUGAAUAUUCCUUUAAAAAUAAUCAAGUUUUUUCUAGCGACUCGGUUUGAUUAUUCAUAAAGCUUAUUAAUCCAUCGCGAUUGAGUAAAGGGCUAAGGGGCAGGAGAGAGCGGCGCAUCGUCCUGCGCCAUGCGCAUUAGUUUGCCGGGGUGGGGGUAAUAACCGAAGUCUGCAAGUGGAGCGACGGGCGCAGGAGUACCCGGCUGUUCUUUUCCGGGUCUAGGUAUUGAUUUUGCAGUGUACGUUUGUCGUCGUCCUCUCCAUUGGACGCUACAUUUUCGCGCAUCGUUAUUUAAAAAAAGGCACACACAUCGCGUCGACUUGUCAGCAUCGUUCAGCCGUACUACGUCAGAGAUAAACGUGAGUCCCACGGUUGAAAACAUGACUCCAGAUGGAUAUGCACGAGUAUAUGUUGGAGGGCUUAAUGAAAGUAUCAAGAAGGAGGAUCUGCAGAUGCAAUUCGAAAAGUUUGGCAAACUAAAUAAAGUUUGGGUAGCAUUUAAUCCACCUGGCUUUGCCUUCAUUGAAUUCUUCAAUAUGGAUGAGGCAGAAAUGGCAUGUAGCAACAUGAAUGGCACAGAAAUCAUGGGGGCUAAAUUGAGGGUAGAAAUUUCGCGUGGGAGAGGUCGCGGAGGUAGAGGAGGGUUCAAGGGUCGAGGCAGAGGGGGAUUUGGCUCUCGGGGUGGUUAUAGGGGAGGUGGCGGCGGUUAUGAUCAAGGAGGUGGCAACUAUUAUUCAGGCAGGGGUGGUGGUAAUAGUGGACGCUAUGGCCAAAGCUACGGUAACCGCAACUCUGGCUACGCUUCGCGUGAUACUUAUUCGCAAGAUGGCUAUGGUGGAGACGUCGCCCCUGACUACUAUAGCGGCAAGGACACGAGCUCUUCGAGGUAUCGAAGUCGAUCCCCGGCUGGACGUGGCAGUCAACGUCAUCUGCGUGAAUGCACGUAAAAGAACUACGCUACGUUGCCAUACCGAUCUGCGGGCCAACAGCCGCCCGCCUCGACGACUACAUUCUGUCCAAUCUUCGCAGCGACAUAUUACACAACCAAUUAUUGAUAAUUAGUGCUUUAAUAUAAUUUUACACUUUAAACAUUCAAAUUUGAAGCACAAGAGAUCAUUUUUUAGAUGCAUU